GCAACUCUCAAUAUUGUUCCUCGCUUAUUUUCUUCUCAUGUUCGUGCAAGAAAUGUCUUGUACUGCUUCAACACGAAGCUCCUCUAAAAUGGAAGUGGAGGCACUCCUAAAUUGGAAGUCUAAGCUAGACAACAAUAGCCGCUCUACUUUGUCUUCGUGGAACGGAAGCAGCCCUUGUUCAUGGCGCGGAAUCGUUUGUGAUCGUUUCCGGAGUGUCACCAGCUUGGAUCUUUCGAAUUUUGCCAUAUACGGUAUGCUUCACCAUCUCAAUUUCUCCUAUUUACCCAACUUGGUCACCCUUACGCUUAUCAACAACUUGCUCUAUGGGAGCAUCCCUCCGAGCAUUGGCAAUCUAUCCAAGCUCACUAAUCUUGACCUUUCUUUUAAUGACCUUUCGGGAAACAUUCCAACUCAACUCGGGUCAUUGAGAUCUUUAGAAUUCCUCAGCCUUUGGAAGAAUAAUUUAAACGGUUCGAUUCCUUCUUCCAUUGGAAACAUCAGCAGCUUGUCAAAGAUGGUAAUUAGUACAAAUCCGCUCGUUGGUCCCAUUCCGAAGGAAAUAGGAAUGUUGGGGUCUCUUUAUCUCCUUAAUUUGGCAAAUAAUUACCUCAAUGGAUCUAUCCCUACAACUUUAGGAAAUCUGAGUUCUUUGAUAUUUCUUUUCCUCUUUGGCAACCAACUUUCUGGCCCUAUACCUCUGGAAGUUGGAGGAAUGAGAUCCUUGACGAAAAUGCAAUUGGCAGGCAAUGAUUUAACAGGUCCUAUCCCGCCGUCCAUAGGCAAAUUGACCAAUUUAUUAGACCUUCAUAUUACCGCCAACUUAUUGUCAGGCUUUCUUCCCACUGAGAUGAAUAAUCUCACAUCACUUACAAGACUAAAUAUAAAUGAAAACGACUUUGUUGGCCAAUUGCCACAAGAAAUAUGCAGUAGCCAAACUCUUGUGAAUUUUACUGCGGCAGACAAUCACCUGACCGGAAUCUCAAGAAGCCUAAAAAAUUGUUCGAGUUUGAUUAGACUUAGGCUCCAAAACAACUUGCUCGAGGGAAACAUAGCUGAUGCACUUGGUGUGUACCCCUCCUUGGAUUACCUUGAGUUGAGUAACAACGAACUUUACGGUGAGCUACCCUCGACAUUGGGUGAAUGUAGAAAAUUGGGAAGCUUGAUAAUCUCCAACAAUAAAAUCUCUGGUGCCAUACCACCUCAGAUUGGAAACAUGACUCAAUUGCACAAACUUAACCUCUCUUCAAAUUAUAUUGUUGGAGAAAUUCCUAAAGACCUAGGAAAAUUGAAGUUGCUACUAGAGCUUUCGUUGGAUUGCAACCUUCUGGCAGGCCACAUCCCUCAAGAACUUGGAGCAUUGUCAAGUUUGCAAAACCUCAACAUUGCAGGAAACAACUUGAGUGGCUCAAUUCCUACCCAACUUGGGGAGGGCUCCAACCUUCUAUUCUUAAAUUUAAGCAAGAAUAAUCUAGAAAAGAGUAUUCCCAUCGAGAUUGGGAAUCUUCAAUAUCUUCAACAUCUUGAUUUGAGUCAAAAUUUGCUCACGGGAGAAAUAUCUAGACAACUUGGGCGAUUGCACAGAUUAGAAAUACUCAAUCUCUCACACAAUCAAUUAUCAGGUUCAAUUAUGUCCACAUUUCAUGAUAUGACAAGCUUGACAUCCAUCGACAUAUCAUUUAAUGAGUUAGAGGGUCCUUUACCAAACAUUCCAGCCUUCCAUAACGCUACAAUUGAAGUUGUGAGAGAGAACAAAGGCUUGUGCGGAGAUAUUGUUGGUCUUAGCCCCUGCACAACACCAAUGUUGAAAGGAAGAAAUAAAAACAAAAAGUUGCUACUAGUUUUGAUUCCUACUUUGGCUUGCCUAUUUUCUUUCCUUGUUGUUGUGGGAGCUUCAAGUAUUGGAUGCCGAAGAAAAAGAAAAACAGAGGCUACUUCGGCAGAUGGAAGCAAUGAAAACCCAUGGGCAAUAUGGAGCUUUGAUGGAAAAAUGGUUUAUGAGAGCAUCAUUGAAGCCACGGAAGAGUUUGAUGCCAAAUAUUGCAUUGGUGUGGGAGGACAGGGGAGUGUUUACAAGGCCCAGUUGCAAACAGGUAAAACCGUUGCUGUAAAAAAACUUAAUGAAGCAAUGGACAUAGAAAGAGCCAAUCGAAAAGCAUUUGAAAGGGAAAUUCAUGCUCUGAUCGAAGCUAGGCAUCGGAAUAUCAUCAAGCUCUAUGGCUUUUGCUCGAGUUCUCGACAUUCAUUUUUGGUAUACAAGUUCUUGGAAUCAGGCAGCUUGAAGGAUGUACUGAAUGAUGAAGAAAGGAUUGCAACAUUUGACUGGAAUAGGAGAGUGAAUGUUGUCAAAGGAGUGGCUUAUGCAUUGUCCUACAUGCACCAUGAAUGCUCUCCUCCUAUAAUUCAUCGAGAUGUCUCGAGCAAGAACAUUUUACUAGAUGAAGAAUAUGAAGCUCACGUCUCUGAUUUUGGCUCGGCUAAGGUUCUAAAACCUUAUUCAUCCAAUUGGACUUCCUUUGCAAGCACCUUUGGAUAUGCAGCUCCAGAACUUGCAUACACAAUGGAAGUGAACGAAAAAUGCGAUGUUUAUAGCUUCGGAGUGGUGGCAUUGGAAGUAAUCAUGGGAAGCCAUCCAGGUGACCUCAUUUCUUCUCUUGCGUCCUCAUCUUCAUCAUCAUCGAGCAAUCCAGUAGCUUCUUGGCCAUUGAAGAAAGUUUUAGAUCAAAGAAUUCCAUACUCGAAAGAUAAUGUGCUAGGGGAAGUGGCUUUAGUGACAAAGAUGGCAUUUUCAUGCUUAAAUUCUAAACCAGAGCAUCGUCCAACCAUGCAACAAGUUUCUAGGGCGAUAUCGUCACGUAACUCGAUCGUGUUAAGCACAACAGAGGACAUCAAAUUGGAAGAAUUAGUUGAUCCUACAUGCUUCAGUUGAUCCUACAUGCUUCGCUUUUUGAGAUAUUUCGGUCUUUCUGUUGCAGCUUGUGUAGCAAAUCAUCUUAUGUCCUUUAUUUAUCUUAGCUA